AUGGCUCCAAAGCCCACAGCUCUCGUGCCCAUUCAUCUAGAAGGUACAACACUCGAAGGCGGAGGCCAACUCCUACGCGUUGCCCUCGGCCUCGCCAGCCUGAUCAAGGAACCCAUCAACAUCACCAACAUCCGCGGCAGACGAGCGGGCGGCGGCGGAUUAAAGGCGCAGCAUCUCACAUCCGUGCAAUGGCUCGGCCAAGCAUGCAACGCCCGAUUAAGCGGUAUCGGGCUGAAGAGCAAGGAAAUCACGUUCACUCCUUCACAAGACGAGUCGUGUUUACCGGGAGGUGAAGUCCGCAUCACCCAAUCGACGCCUGGGAGUAUCAAUCUCGUCUUGCAGGCUGUGCUGCCUUACCUAUUGUUCUCGGGGUCGAAGUCGCCAAUCAGACUGCGUAUUACCGGAGGCACGAAUGUGUCGAAUUCGCCGUCUCACGAGUAUGUCGCCGAAGUCUUGCUGCCCAUGCUCGCACUCAUUGGUAUCCCGCCGAUUGAAGCAAGAGUCCAGUCGAGAGGUUGGUCGCAAGGGACAACGCGGCUGGGAAGCGUCACGUACACCAUCACACCUCUAAAGACUAAAUUGCCUGGGUUCCAACUCACAAAUCGGGGUGAGGUCAAACAUGUCAAAGCUGUCGUUAUUGCGCCGAGAGACACGGAGCAGCAUUUCCACGACGAGUUGAAUGUCAUGUUUGAGAAGCACGAGACUCGGUUCUUCGGGUCGAAGCCUUCUUCAGUCGACGUUGAAAUCAUGUUCGAAGACUCGCAGCAUGAGAAGCGGUACUACAUCCUUCUGGUUGCGACGACAAGUACUGGUAUCAAACUCGGGCGCGAUUGGUUAUACGAUCAAGCCGUGCGGCCUGGUAAGACGGAGAGGAUUGCGCCGACUAUGGUGAAGAAGGUCUCCGACGACUUGUUGAGCGAGAUUGAGCAUGGCGGCUGCGUGGAUGAGUACAUGCGAGAUCAACUGGUUGUGUUCCAGGCUCUUGCGGAUGGGAAAAGUCGAGUGUCUGGCGGCAUGAAGGGAGAUGCUUUCGUGUCGCCAAGUCUGCACGCGCAGACGGCCAUGUGGGUUGCAAAAGAGAUCAUUGGUGUUGACUUCGAUGACAAAGGAACAUGUGAGGGUGUUGGACAUGUGCCUGUAGGUUCGGAAGAAGUGGCGGAGCUAGCCAGAGUUGGGGAUACGAUGGGGAUUUGA